AUGAAUAGUUCAAGCUCAUCUUAUCCAAGUUUUUCAUCAUUAGACUUAUAUUACCUUUCAGUUUCAUCGAAUAUUUUUCUUUAUGGAUAUAUAAUUAUGAUGAUUAUUGGAUUUACUGGUAAUAUUUUUCAAAUAAUGAUAUUUUCACGUAAAACUAUGACAAAGAUGAGUACUGGCAUUCUUUUUCUUGCAUUAAGUGUGUCCAAUACAGUUUAUCUUUUAUUAUCUUUAUAUGUUUUAAUCAUUUAUGGUUUUAAUAUUCCUGAUCAAUCAAAUUAUGCCAAAGUAUGUCAAUUUCGACAUUAUAUGUAUUAUCUUUCAACAAACUUUAGUGCAUGGAUGCUUACUACAAUUUCAUGUGAUCGUUGGAUACGUUCACAAUUUCCAAUAAAAGCUAAACGAUUUUGUACACCGCGAACAGCUAUUUAUUCAAUUAUAGUUGUACUUAUCUUUAAUUGUCUUUUACAUGUUCAUAUUAUUACACCAAUGUUUGGUCAAAUAGCACCUGAAAUAAAAACAAAUUGUGGUGCUAAUAGUCGUUAUCCAAAUUAUUCAUAUUUUUAUAUUGAAAUUUGGCCAAUAAUUACUCUUCUUACUGUUAGUAUUAUUCCAGCAAGUUUUAUGAUAUUUUUUCUUAUAAGUAUAACAAUAAAUGUACACACUCGUCAAAAUCGAAUUAUUCCUGUUCGACAAACAAAUGUAAACCAACAUGAAAGACGACAUACACGUUUUCUUCAACGACAAAUGUUAAUACUUAUGCUUGCUACUUUGAUGCUUUUUUUUCUUACAACACUUCCUGUUGCUUUAUUGCAUUUUGCAAUAUCUACUUUGAAGAUUCCACAAUCAUUUUCAUUUAGCCUUCUAUUAAUAUCUGUAUUUGAAUUUAUAACAGUAUCAUAUUAUUCAUUAAAUUUUUAUUUACAUUGUUUGACGUCAAAAUUAUUUCGGAAAGUAUUUUUUAAAUGUAUUCCAUGUUCUAUUGCAAUAAAUUUUCGUCGAUCAAAUCAUACUUCUAAUGUAAAUCUUACUUAA